UUCAGUUCUCCCAUUUCCUCCCACCACUGGUUCCCUUCAUUUGUAGACAUAACAGUCUCGGUUUGUUACCUCCGUGUCUGACGAGGUGCGAACCCCGGAGGAGCGUUCACCCUCCUCCUUUCUCUUCUUCCUCCUCCUCCUCCUCUUCCUCUUCCUCGUCGUCGUGCUGCCGCAGCAGCAACCAACGCGGUGAGUGCGUCCUGCAGCAACCGCAGCAGCAGGACGUGGUGAUACCUGACUCCGGAGUAAAAACCCGCAAAUACCGAUGGCUUCAUGUGUAAAUAUUUCGGCAAAUGUAUCGAAACGUACCAAUCAACUGGACAGUUUUUCAAUGAUUGAGUCCUUAAUGUUGUUCCAAGGAACAGAUUCCAGCGAUUCCCUUCAAAUACCAAUCCACAUUUAAACCGAUACUGUUGAGCCAUUUGGGCACACGCUCUUCACCAGGCACGAUGAGAGGCUACCUGUUCACUGCAAUUUUGUUCCUGCACUUGGUCACCUCAGAGUCUGGGCACUGCAUAAUACAGCGUGAACAUGAGAAAUGCAUGGAAAUGAUAGAAUUGCACAACCCAGAUGGCAUUGAAUUUGUGUGUCCUUGGAUGUGGGACAACUUGACCUGCUGGCAGGCUGCCGAUGUCGGUGAGGUUGUAACGGUCAAAUGUCCUGAGUUCUUUCACGACUUCAUGACACCUGAAGAAGAAAUUGGGAAGGUCAAUCGAAACUGUACAGAGUAUGGCUGGUCUGAGCCUUAUCCUCACUAUGUGGACAUUUGCCUUCUUGACGACAACACGACAAAGCCUGAUUAUUUUGCAUCGGUUAAAGCCCUGUAUACAGUUGGGUACAGCACCUCACUGGUCUCUUUAACCACAGCCAUGGUCAUUCUCUGCAGAUUCAGGAAGCUGCACUGCACCAGAAACUUCAUUCACAUGAACCUGUUUGUGUCCUUCAUCCUGAGAGCCAUCUCCGUCUUCAUCAAGGACGGUGUGCUGUACCCUAAGGAAGACAGCGAACACUGCUUCAUGCACACAGUGGCGUGUAAAGCAGUGAUGAUAUUUUUCCAUUACUGCGUCAUGUCCAACUAUUUCUGGCUUUUCAUCGAGGGUCUGUAUCUCUUUACUCUGCUGGUUGAGACAUUCUUCCCUGAGAGACGCUAUUUCUACUGGUACACCAUUGUCGGGUGGGGAACUCCAACUAUAUGUGUGACUGUCUGGGCUGUUCUGAGGCUUCAUUUCCAUGACACAGGAUGCUGGGAAACGAAUGAGCACACUGCCCUCUGGUGGGUGAUUAAAGGACCAGUUGUGGCUUCAAUAAUGAUAAAUUUUGUUCUCUUCAUUGGGAUCAUCAUCAUCUUGGUGCAAAAACUCCAGUCCCCUGAUAUCGGAGGAAAUGAGUCCAGCAUUUAUCUCAGCUGUGCUCAGAAAUGCUUCAGUGAGCCCACACAGGCUGUUCAGCAUUCGUGCAGGAUGUCAGAGUUAUCCACCAUCACACUGCGUCUGGCACGCUCCACUCUCCUCCUCAUACCCCUGUUUGGUAUUCACUACACUGUGUUCGCCUUCUCGCCUGAGGACGUCAGCAAGAGGGAGAGGCUUGUCUUUGAGCUGGGCCUUGGAUCCUUUCAGGGAUUUGUGGUUGCUGUUCUCUACUGUUUCCUCAAUGGAGAGUUUCUCCCUGAAGGUGCAGUCGGAGAUCAAGAGGAAAUGGCGCAGCUGGACGGUGAACCGGUACUUUGCUGUGGACCUGAAGCAGCAGAGGCACCCUUCGUUGGCCAGCAGUGGGGUGAACGGCGGGACUCAGCUGUCGAUCCUCAGCAAGAGCAGCUCGCAGAUACGCAUGUCCAGCCCGCUGGCGGAGAACGCCAACAUCAGCCUGCCGACCUGAGCGUCUGAUAGUCCAGAGCCGACUUCAAGGUGCCGUUCCACUUACGUUAGACCAACCAGAGCAGACCAAAGUGGCCCCUUGUAAUUCUUAUAUUUUCUACUUUAUAAAAAGGGAAAGCAUUUUGCUAGAGAUGAUCAGUUUUAUUUGGGUAUACAAUGAAAUAGAAAUAUUUAUUUAUAAAAAAAAACAUGGCGAUGGUAAUUUUUUUAGAAUUAUCACAGCACAUUAUCAUUUUAGAUAAAUAAAGUUAGAUUUAAAUUCCCUAUAAGCAAACCAUUCUCAGAAAUGUAAGCAAAUAAAGAUUGUGCCAUAAGAAAGACAUGAAUUUUCUGAAACAUUUUAGAAAAGUGAUUCUUUAAUAUUAAAUAUUUGGGGGUCACAUUUGAUCUGUUUGUGUACACUAACUGUGUUUCAAAGUGCCAUACAGUUCGCCUCACUGGAUAUCACUAUAGUCCAAAGGUUUAAAAAAAAAAAAAACAUAACCAAAAGCUCGCCUUGCUUGUACAAAACGCUCAACGUUUAUAUGUAAAUGUUUCAUCUUGAAUUUAAACAUGUUCCUACAAUCAGCCGUAAGUACAGAGUAUGUCAAAAACACUCAUGUGUAAAUAGUUACUUUUAGUGUCUAGAUUAGAUCUAUCUCUUUAGCAACAGUGUAUUGUAAAGACCUUUUCAAACAAAAGGAACUGGAGCCCAAAUCUGUAGACACCGUCAUGUAUGCAGGGGACCCAGUGGUUCGUGCUCUCUCUAGUCUGGUUUUCCUUUAUAUAAAAUAAAGAAGGGAAACGUGUAAUCUAUAAACUUAGUGAAUAACGGGAGAGCAGCAAUUGCCAACUUUUUAAAAAUAAAACCGGUUUUGUUUUACCCUUCAAAGUGGAUAAUUUAGACAGAGGUGUUCUGGUCAAUCCAUGUCAUUCUGAAUUUUGUACAUUUGCAGUUUUGGUCAUUUCUUACCCAACCUUUAUAAGUAGAACAUUUUGUUAUCUGCCAGAGGACAUGGUGCACUGGCCAAGCUUGAUAAUAAUAAUCAGCGUGAUAAUAAAUAAUCACGCUUUGAGAGCUGAUUAUUUAAACGGACUUUCUAUAAUCUGCUUAUCAUCAACUCUAAGGAAAUGUGAUUAUCUGCCAACAGGAUGUUACUCAGUUAUUUUGGUUUUAACAGUGCUUACAAUUUUUCAAAUUUCAUUGUUAGGGAUUAGAACCAACAUAAAUGGGAACAGAGAGUUCAAUUAUGAGAUUUGAGCAUUUAUAAUCACUUAUCGCAAUACUUAAUGAAAACACGUAGUUGUAACAAAAAAGUUAUCUGCUGCAGGAUUGUCAAAGUGCAUGGGUAUGAAAUGUUGUCUUAUGGUAUAAAAUGGAAGGGAAGAAAUGGUACUGCAUAUGUACAAAUGGGCAAAGAAGGAAAAGUGGGCUAUCCAGCUAGUUUUUAUCACCACAAAUUUCUACAAACCCAAGAUGUGUUGUUUGUGAACAUGAGCAGUCUGUGCCACCGUUUGUCUCCAAACGUAAAUUCACCAUGCCAUGAUUCCAUAAGUGCUGUAUUUCAUGAUGGGUGGUCAUCCUCACUCUGUGCUCAUCGAUUGAGCUUAAGCCCAUUGUGCCACCUUUAAGCAGCUCCUUUUGCAAUUUGAUUAGACACCUCGUUUUCCAAAGUGCCUACUCAUACAAAUAGCUAUCACUUUAAUUAUCAGUGAAUACAUGAUUUUAACGGAGUUAUUUUCUGCAAAGAUUAAAUCAAGAGGUGGUGGUGGCUUUAUUGUGGGUAGCAUGCUUUUCAACAAUGUGUCUCUGGUAGUUGAAUAAUUUGCCAUUUAUUGUAAGAGUUUAGCCUUUUUUCUUAUGAAAUGCAAAAUAAAAUGAGGAUACAGUUGAAAAUCUUCAACGAGAUUAAGUGAGGUGUUUUUAUUGCAUCCACCAUAUAUUUUGAAUUUCUAUGCCAUUACCACCACAUGUAUGACUUCAAAGUAUAAACAUUAAUAUUGUCAGUGAUCAACAAAGGCUUUAAUUUACUCGCUUCUGACAAUCGCAUUUACGUGUUGCUGUAUGUCCUUUUUUUGUGCUCAAACUAGCUAAAAAGUCCUUACUGUAUACAUGGAAACCAUGUUAAAUUAAAAUGUGAAAGGGUGUACAUAGGAGUUUUCCACCAUAUUUUUAAUUUGGAUGUUCAUUUCUUGUCAUACAAGUAGAUUAUAAGAUUGUUGUAUCUUUAAAUGAUGAUUUAUGAUACGUGGAACAGCUAUGGAUGUAUAUUUAUUUUCCAAUGAUUAUGUGCUAUGUAACAUAUCGACUUGUACAGCUUACAAAUAGUUUUGUCUGUAACAUAAAUGUCUGAUUUUAUUACACUACCUGAUGCAGACUUGGUCAAAGUGCCAUAAAGAUUGCCUCCCUAUAUAAGAUUAUAAGAUGAGAUUUGUGGCGAAAGAUUUCGUUUCUUCUGACUACAUGGAGAAAAACCACAACUUAUUGUGCAGAGAAAUAGGGUCUAAAAUGGCUUUAUAAAAAAACAUGAAGCUAGAAUUUUCUUUUUUGUGUGGAAGCCGAAGUAUGUACAUAGAGGAAAAAUUUGACCACUGCAACAGUUGUGUUUGAGCGUGUGAUUAAAAACCACUCUGCUGCUUAUGUGUUUCUGUCACCAGCAUUCUGAGUCUGAACCUCAGAAAGAAACGACCAUGUUUUAAUGCUGUUACUGUUUGAGAGAAAAAAAGAAGAGUUGAAAACUCCUCACAUGACCACAUAUGUGCUGUGUAUUUGUCCACCACUAGAUGGAAGCAAAACUUUGUAAUAUACGAGAGAGCGCAGAAGGAAAGCUUUUUAUUUAUUGAUUUCAUAGGCUUUGUAUUAUGAAUUUGCAGGACAAAUGUUUAAAAAGAGAGACAAUGACUAUAUUUGUAUCAUUAUUAACAAAAUUCCUUAUUUCCUAUUUUACAUGAAUUGUCAGACAAGCCAUGUGAGCCUAAUUAAUGCUGAUGAUGUAAUUUUUAGCAGUACAUAAAAAAGAGCACUGUAAAGGCUAAUCCAAACUUCAGCUAAAAUCAUCCAUAUUCAUUUCUAUUGCUUCAAAGCAAGGUAAAGGAAAUCUCAGUCUCUAAAGCAAAAUAUUUACAGAUGCAUUUGAAGAGUUAUACUUUGUUCUUUAUGACAAGUUUAUAUGAUAAUUAAGCAGAACUGUGUACAUUAUCUAACAACAUAACACUUACAGAACAUUUUGUUUUUACCUUAAUAUAACAUUCCAUUAGAAAUUUUUAGCAACCACUUCAAAUAUGUUUACGACUGAAUUAACCUUUUGCUCUGAGAUAAAUGAGCUUGCUAACUCCUUUUAGAUUGUGAUGUUGAAUAGGUAGGCUAUAGUAUGAUAGAUAAUAGUUGGUAAACUCAGCAUUUUUCUCCAAAAUAAAACACAUUGAACAUUUAUUUUUCCAUUAAACUCAAAAGCCCCUAUAAAACGGCUUCUCCAUCAUGUGUUUUGUGAAAGAACUAAUAUGGAGAGAGGAGCUGAGGUGGAUCAGCCCGACUAUGUUGUAACUCUGCUUCCAAGGUGAGGUAGUUACAGCCCCAAAUCAGCUGACCUAUACAGGGGGUCAAAGUUGUGAUUAAUGCUCUGUGUGCCUAGUCAGAUAUGAGAUUUAAAUGUGUAAUCAAGGCCCGGAAAUCUCUAGUCGAGCUUCUAUUUCUAAUAAAAAAAUUUUUAUAUUUCUAAAAAAAUAUUAGACUCUAAAAAUCUCUAAAAAAAAAAAAAAAUUGUAGUCUAACUAGAAAAUCAAUUGCUAUACUAAGUUACAUGAGAUAUGUUAGUAUAUCUAAAGGUAGUAGCUAACUCUACUGUAGUCUGGAUAGUAUUGACCUUUUGCAGCUAUGUCACUUAAUCACUUAGUCAAAAGGUGCCAUGACAAAAACUGGAAGUGAAAGACUGGAGUAUCAAAGUCACGACGAUUGUUUUCCCAAGUUGUUUUUGCCAGUAAGGCCAUGACUUGUACUUGUUCAAGUUGAGCUAAUUAAUCUGUGAACACAAUUCUAGUAUGGAUAGUAUUGACCCCUUACAGCUUCGUCACUUAAUCACAUAGUUGGUUGUGGCUCGUAGGCAGCAGUAUUUACAAAAUUGGGAGAAGCUAGCUCAGAAACCGACCCAAACCUUUUCCCUUCUGACUUCUGUGUUGAUUUGACCAAAUUGCCAACUUUGCCUGAAUUUGUGCCACAUGAUUUAUACCACUAUGUCAUAAAUUGUGUUUUCUCUUACACCAGAGCAGACUUAAAAGCGUAGUAAAGUCUAGAUACUUAUUAGUUUUGUCAUACAUGAUAGGUUCCAUGAUGGUGGGGCGUUUGCUCUAUGGUUGCUAAUGAUUAGGUGCAUACCUUCUCCAUAAUGCAAUAUUUUACUGCAUCUUACUGAACCUACUUAUGAAGUACUUGAACAUUAAUCAUUUUACCUUGUAAAAAGUGUAUCUGCAAAACCACUAAUACACCGAGGGCUGCUAUCCAUCUCCAUCAUUUUUCCCCAUCGAAAGGUUUACAAUAAAAUGACAAGUUUGGUUUCCAUCCUUGUCUUUGUGCAACUGACCACAUAGCACCCCGAAUCAACUGAAUAAAAGUGAUAUUAGACUACCAACCAAGUGAGUUGCUUUCUGGAGAGCAUGACAUCACAUGCAAAGGGUUAAUAGCCAUACUUGAUCAGUUCAGCUUUCAGCUAUUCUAGCCUAGUUUCCAAGCAUAUUGAUAGCACAGCAUUACUAGUCAUUAGACUGUAAAUAAGUGACUACAUUUGAAGCAAUUGGUGUACACUUCACAGCUUUAAAAAUGUACACUAAGAAUGUCAUGAUUUAUGUCAAUCUUUCAGAGUGGAUCAUACUUACCAUAAAUGCUACCCAUCCUUACUCAAAGAACUUUUGCACAUCAUAAACAUCAAGUCUAGUGUUGUUCAGAGGCCUGAGAUUUAAAGCUGAAAUCAAUAUAUCAGCACAUUUUCUCCUUUAAAAAGCUAGUUUCUAGCUAGCUAGUCAUAUGUAGGCAAUUUUCAAGUAGCUGGUAGCUUAUGAAUGCUAACUUCACUUUUCUGUCAUUUGCAGUUUAAGUAAUAGACCACCAUCUGAAUCUCACUAAAAUAUGACUAAUUGCAAAAAUGUCAAAUCUCUUGUUUGAACUGUGUUUUGUGAUGCAUAUCUGUGUUAACAUGCAGUUUUAACUGUUAUGGCUUGCUGAGCCAGUUUGGUCAAGUGUGUGUGAGUUUUACUGAUUGUCAAUGAAUUUUUGAAUGUAGAGUUAUUGCUUCUCAGCUGCUCUUAGAUGUUCCCUGCUAUCAAUUUGCUCUGGUGUACAAAUGAUGUCUUUUCUCUAUCAUGAAUAGUGUAUAUUUUUGCCAUUCAGGUGGACUUCUUGACUAAAAUCUACAAUGUUUGUGACAGUGUUUUUGUAAAGCUGUUUAUGGUCCAGUUUUAAGAGCGUAUGUGGAUGACUGGAAACUUGAGAGAAUGUAUUCUGUAUGCAUGUAUACGUAAUGACAAGCAUUCAAAAGAAUUUAAACUUAGAUGUUGAAAAACAAUGUAGAAACUUUCAUCUUGUGUUCAACCUGUAUACUGAGUCACGUAUAAGUGUUCUGAUGUCCAACAUCCACGUCUACUUGUGUGAACUAACUGCAAAAUAAAUCUGUGGUAUGUUGUUGUA